AUGGGCAGGUGCUUCCGGAAGUUGGGCUCCUACCUGCUGAGCUGUGGCUUCCCUCCGAGGCCGGCGCACGGGGACGUGAGCGUGACAGACCUGCACCCUGGGGGCACUGCCACCUUCCACUGUGACUCAGGCUACCAGCUGCAGGGCGAGGAGACCCUUGUCUGCCUCAAUGGCACCCGGCCAGCCUGGAACGGCGAACCCCCCAGCUGCAUAGCGUCCUGCGGAGGCGCCAUCCACAAUGCAACCCUGGGCCGCAUCGUGUCCCCUGAACCUGGGGGAGCCGCCGGCCCCAACCUCACCUGCCGCUGGGUCAUUGAAGCAGCUGAGGGCCGCCGACUGCACCUGCACUUUGAGAGGGUCUCGCUGGAUGAGGACAAUGACCGGCUGCUGGUGCGCUCAGGGGGCAGCCCCCUGUCCCCAGUGAUCUACGACUCGGACAUGGAUGACGUCCCCGAGCGGGGCCUCAUCAGCGACGCUCAGUCGCUCUACGUGGAGCUGCUGUCGGAGACGCCCGCCAAUCCCCUGCUGCUCAGCCUCCGAUUCGAAGCCUUCGAGGAGGACCGAUGCUUCGCCCCCUUCCUGGCCCAUGGCAACGUCACCACCACGGACCCUGAGUACCGCCCAGGGGCGCUGGCCACUUUCUCCUGCCUUCCGGGGUACGCCCUGGAGCCUCCAGGGCCCCCCAACGCUAUCGAAUGUGUGGAUCCCACGGAACCCCACUGGAACGCCACAGAGCCAGCCUGCAAGGCCAUGUGCGGAGGGGAGCUGUCGGAGGCAGCUGGCGUGGUCCUCUCUCCUGAUUGGCCCCAGAGCUACAGCCCCGGGCAGGACUGCGUGUGGGGCCUGCACGUCCAGGAAGAGAAGCGCAUCUUGCUCCAAGUUGAGAUCCUGAACGUCCGCGAAGGGGACAUGCUGACCCUGUUCGACGGCGACGGCCCCAGCGCCCGAGUUCUGGCUCAGCUGCGGGGACCUCAGCCGCGCCGCCGCCUGCUCUCCUCUGGGCCGGACCUUACGCUGCAGUUCCAGGCACCGCCCGGACCCCCAAAUCCGGGCCUGGGACAGGGCUUCGUACUGCACUUCAAAGAGGUCCCCAGGAACGACACGUGCCCCGAGCUGCCGCCUCCGGAGUGGGGCUGGAGGACGGCGUCCCACGGGGACCUGAUCCGGGGCACGGUGCUCACUUACCAGUGCGAGCCUGGCUACGAGCUGCUGGGCUCCGACAUCCUCACCUGCCAGUGGGAUCUGUCCUGGAGCGCAGCGCCGCCCGCCUGCCAGAAGAUCAUGACUUGUGCCGACCCUGGUGAGAUCACCAACGGCCACCGCACCGCCUCGGACGCCGGCUUUCCCGUGGGCUCCCACGUCCAGUACCGCUGUCUGCCCGGGUACAGCCUGGAGGGGGCAGCCGUGCUCACCUGCUACAGCCGGGACACGGGGACCCCCAAGUGGAGUGACCGGGUCCCCAAAUGCGCCUUGAAAUAUGAGCCGUGCCUGAACCCCGGGGUCCCCGAGAAUGGCUACCAGACGCUGUACAAGCACCACUACCAAGCGGGGGAGUCGCUGCGCUUCUUCUGCUACGAGGGCUUUGAGCUCAUCGGCGAGGUCACCAUCACCUGUGUGCCCGGCCACCCCUCCCAGUGGACCAGCCAGCCCCCGCUCUGCAAAGUGGCCUAUGAGGAGCUCCUGGACAACCGAAAACUGGAAGUGACCCAGACCACAGACCCGUCGCGGCAGCUGGAGGGAGGGAACCUUGCCUUGGCCAUCCUGCUGCCCUUGGGCUUGGUCAUUGUCCUUGGCAGUGGCGUUUACAUAUACUACACCAAGCUGCAGGGAAAAUCCCUCUUCGGCUUCUCAGGCUCCCACUCCUACAGCCCCAUCACCGUGGAGUCAGACUUCAGCAAUCCGCUAUAUGAAGCUGGGGAUACACGGGAGUAUGAAGUUUCUAUCUGAAGCCAAGGCUAAGGCUAUGGGACCCAGGACGCCCCUCCCCUCCCCCACCCGGGGCAGCGGGGAGCACAGGAGCUGGUCUCUGGCUGGCUCCUGGCUCCCCUCCUCCCUGCUGUGUACAUAGUCUCCCCCCCCCCCCCCCCCGUCCCACGAGGGGGCUUCCGUGGCCCUGGAGACCCGAUGGUAAAUAAACCAGCAUCCUGCCGCCCAAAGCCUCUUCUUGUCCGUUGCCAAACAAGAGGGGGGGCCUGCUCUCCCCCACCCUCCUGGCUUUUGGAUCCCAGGAGGGGAACUCAGCCCUUCCCCCAGCCCCCCCGCAACUCCUGGGGCCCCUGCAGCCCAGGGCACCCCUCCAGGACUGCCCCUGACAGCCCUGUGGUUCCCUUGGCCCCUCCUCUCCCAGAUGCCUGGGUCUUCUCGGAGGGGCGGGGGUCGGGAGAAGAGGGAGGAAGGGGCAAGCCGGGCCCAGGCCCCGCCCCCUUUCUGCUGCCUGCCCAACCCCCAUUUUCUCCACCUUUGCUUCUGGAUUUUUGUUUUUGAGCAAUAAACAGAAAAUCGU